GACAACAGCACCCCCUCCCCUCGUAGCCGCCUCUCCCAACUCGUGCCCUCUACUCGGAUCUCUCCGUCCCCUUUCUCCAAGCCCCCCACCACAGCCAAGCGGCAGAUCCCAUGGCGGCGCUGGCGUCGAAGCUGGCGCAGCUGCAGUCCAAGGCGUGCGAAGCGACGAUGUUCGUGGCCAAGCACGGGGGCGCGUACCACAAGACGCUCAUGGAGAAGAACAAGCACCACGUCGUCGACCCGCCCACCAUCGCGAAGUGCCACGAGCUCUCCAAGCAGCUCUUCUACACUCGCCUCGCCAGCCUUCCUGGUCGUUACGAGUCAUUCUGGAAGGAGCUUGAUGGCGCGAAGCUCUUGUGGAAAAACAGAAGCAAUCUGAAGGUUGAGGAUGCUGGCGUUGCGGCAUUGUUUGGCAUCGAGUUGUACGCAUGGUAUUGCGUUGGUGAGAUCGUUGGUAGAGGAUUUACUCUCACAGGCUACCAUGUCUGAGUGCCUGCCUUACCUCUAGCAUGAGCAACCACAUUAGUCCACAUUCGCCAACGAAUACUAUGUUGGUCAGUGUUACCCUGACAUGAAUCGUAAUGCAAACUCGCAAAGUUUUGCUAUUCUGAAGUCUGAAAUACUCUUGAUGCUGCUGAACUACAUUCAUCUAGGUGGAACAAACAUGAUGAGCUAAUAA